GCGGGUCCCGGCUCGGGAGCCCCCGCCCAGUUGACCCGGCCGCUCUACCCUCGCUGGCUACUGCCCAGGCGUGCAGGGCCCGGCCGCCGCCAUGUCCGGCCCGUUCGAGCUCUCGGUGCAGGAUCUCAAUGACCUGCUCUCGGACAGCAGCGGCUGCUACAGCCUCCCGAGCCAGCCCUGCAACGAGGUCACCCCAAGGAUCUACGUGGGCAAUGCGUCUGUGGCUCAAGACAUCCCCAAGUUGCAGAAACUGGGCAUCACCCAUGUCCUGAACGCUGCUGAGGGCAGGUCCUUCAUGCACGUCAACACCAAUGCCAACUUCUACAAGGACUCCGGCAUCACCUACCUGGGCAUCAAGGCCAACGACACGCAGGAGUUCAACCUUAGCGCCUACUUUGAAAGGGCUGCAGACUUCAUUGACCAGGCUUUGGUUCAAAAGAACGGCCGUGUGCUUGUCCACUGCCGCGAAGGUUACAGCCGCUCCCCAACUCUAGUUAUCGCGUACCUCAUGAUGCGUCAGAAGAUGGAUGUCAAGUCUGCUCUGAGCAUCGUGAGGCAGAACCGUGAGAUCGGUCCCAAUGAUGGUUUCCUGGCCCAACUCUGCCAGCUCAAUGACAGACUUGUCAAGGAGGGGAAAUUGAAACUCUAGUGCACCCCCACUGCCUCUUCUCUAGAGGUUGGACAGGGGACACCCUGGUUGAGGUGUUCCAAGCUGCCAUGUUUAGGAAACACAGUGUACCCUGCUCCCUGUAUCACAAGGCACUUGCCCACAAAUCGGUCCCAACACAGCCCUGGGCCCCUUUCCCCCUGGGGAGCACAUAAAGAAACUUGCUAAGGAGAACAUUCUUGCUCCCUGGUAUGUCAUGUGCCUGCAAUUUAUGAUGUCCUCUCCCUGAGGUAGGGUCGUGGAGAGGGAAGGCCUGUGACAUGCAUGCUUCUAGGUGACCCAGGGCAGGAGGUCUGUGGAAGUGUAAGGCCAGAGAUGCUCUCAGGGGCCCUUCCUGACCUUCUCUGCCCUCCACCCCUGGGUCCUCUCCUGAGUGAGGACUGCAGCACCUCGAGCCCUUUAAAGGAACUAUGCAAGCUCGGGCCCCUCUCUCCUCCCAUGUCUGCCUUCCCAGUCUCCUCAUAGUCGCCCACACCCUGUUCAUUGGCAGAGGCGUGUCGUGGGGUCUGAAGCUAGCAUGGGAUAGCCGUCAGUUGUUAGUAGGUGGAAAUUCCCACAAAGAAACCACAUUUUAAUUAUUUCCUUGGGAUUAAAGAUAUCUGAACAAAGAGGCCCUCAGGUGGGCAAAGAAGUUUCCCUGGAGGUCUCUCCUUAGUCAAUAGUUUCUAAAAUGUGAACCCUUAGAAGGCUUGAGUUCCGAAUCCACUGGAAUAUUUCCCUGGGACAGCUCUUAGUCACUUGGUUUGUUAGAAGAGUGAUGCCUUGGGCAUGGUUUUAUUUUUCUUUUUUAGAAAACAGGGUGUACAAGUCCAGCCUAUUUAAAAACCCCACCAUUUGGAGAAUUACAAGGGUUUUGUCUUGAAUUAUAGUGUUGGCGAGCCCAAGCCACUCGUGCUAACUCCUUUUUGUCUCGGUUACUAUUCCAAGAACAGGAGGAGGAAGUUGGCCAAUUACAGCGUGUGUGUGUGGGUGUGUGGGGGGGUGUGUGUCUCAGAAACACAGCCAGAGGACCGGCAAGCAAGGAGAUGAAGGGUCCCCGGCUCACAUCCUGCCCACUUACAGCUAAUUCUUAUGGCUCUCUGGUGCCAGAAAAGAUCAGGGACCCUUGGGAGCAAAAAUGACUCAGCCAGGCAGAAAUGAAACAUGGUGGAGCAUCCAAAUGAAGCCUUAAUUGGUGGUAGAGCAAACAAACAAACCAACAAAAAGAAACUACCUUUUUUAGGAUGAUACGGGAUGCACUAGCUCUCACAUGUGUACACACAUUUAACAGACUUGUUAGAACUUUGCAUGAUUUUCGUCAUGGAAGGUGAUGCAAUGUUGUCAUCUUCAGGUUCCCUAAUGGCAGAGAGGUGGUCCUUAGCCAGUUCCCCAGUGCCUAGCACAUAGAUGUCUGAUAGAAGUUUGUGGAAUUAAACUUUUUUUUUUUUUGAGCACCAAAUAUAUGUAUGGUGUUCUUCUGGUGGGUGUAGCAGGCUCUCAGAAGCCUGAAUUUGUGGUAGGAUCACUUGCAAGAAUUUGCAAAGGAGUCUUACCCGAAAUGAAAUAUCAGGGACUUUUGUUGAAUAGUUAAAAUUCAGUUUUAAAUUUAAAUUCAGGCAAUGUUAACAUGUCAAGGUGUGGAAUGUGCCUUUUUCAGAGUUGACCAGGAGCUUUCUGCCAGGACUAGAAGAAGCAGGCGUGCCUUUGGGCCUGACUCACAGGUGUAAUGGUCUCUAUCUCAGCAGGGGCAGCACUGAACGGCCCCUUUUCUCUGUGGCCACAGCCACCC